AUGGAAUCAGAUUGCAUUCGUUUUGUGCAAAACUGUCACCAAUGUCAGAUUCACGGCGACUUGAUUCGAGUCCCACCAAAUGAGUUAAAUGUGACGAGUUCUCCAUGGCAAUUCGCAGCUUGGGGCAUGGAUGUCAUCGGUCCUAUCGAGCCAGCAGCGUCAAAUGGACAUAGGUUCAUGUUGGUAGCCAUCGAUUACUUUACGAAAUGGGCAGAAGCAUCAUCGCACAAGUCAGUGACGAAGAAGGUGGUGGUAGACUUUGUUCGCAACAACAUCAUUUAUCGAUUCGGAAUCCCUGAGUCGAUUAUAACAGAUAAUGGACCUAAUCUUAAUAGUGGUCUGAUGCAUGAGAUUUUCGAAAGAUUUAAGAUUACUCACCGCAAUUUCACCCCAUACAGACCUCAGAUGAAUGGAGCAGUUUAA